UAUUGGCCAGUGUUGAGCCUCCACAAUACCCUUUCAUACACCAGGAGUGUUCUCUGCUAAGCUGCCACCAUGUCUGACUCUGAGAUGGCAGCCUUUGGGCCAGCUGCUCCUUUUCUCCGAAAAUCAGAGAAGGAGAGAAUUGAGGCUCAGAAUAAACCAUUUGAUGCCAAGACAUCCGUCUUUGUGGUGGAUCCUAAGAUCUCCUUUGUGAAAGGCACGGUCCAGAGCAAAGAAGCAGGGAAGGUCACUGUCAAGAAAGAAGGUGGAGAUUCUGUGACUGUUAAGGAUGACCAAGUCUUUCCUAUGAACCCACCCAAAUAUGAUAAAAUUGAAGAUAUGGCUAUGAUGACCCAUCUUCAUGAACCUGCUGUCCUGUAUAACCUCAAAGAGCGUUAUGCAGCCUGGAUGAUCUAUACUUAUUCAGGUCUCUUCUGUGUCACUGUCAAUCCCUAUAAGUGGCUGCCAGUGUACAACCCAGAAGUGGUGGCAGCCUACAGGGGCAAAAAGCGACAAGAGGCUCCUCCCCACAUUUUCUCCAUCUCUGAUAAUGCUUAUCAGUUUAUGUUAACUGAUCGUGAGAAUCAGUCGAUCCUAAUCACUGGAGAAUCUGGUGCUGGAAAGACUGUGAACACAAAGCGUGUCAUUCAGUACUUUGCAACAAUUGCAGCCGCCAGUGACAAGAAGAAGGAAGAACCACAGCAGCAAGCAGGCAAGCUGAAGGGGACGCUUGAAGAUCAAAUCAUCAGUGCUAAUCCCUUGUUGGAAGCCUUUGGGAACGCCAAGACUGUGAGGAAUGACAACUCUUCCCGUUUUGGUAAAUUCAUCAGAAUCCAUUUUGGUGCUACAGGCAAACUGGCUUCUGCUGACAUUGAGACAUAUCUGUUGGAGAAGUCCAGAGUUACUUUCCAGCUAAAAGCUGAAAGAAGCUAUCACAUAUUUUAUCAAAUCAUGUCCAACAAGAAGCCAGAACUGAUUGAGAUGCUUCUGAUUACUACCAACCCAUACGAUUAUCAUUUUGUGAGUCAGGGUGAGAUCACUGUCGCCAGUAUUGAUGAUCAGGAAGAACUGAUGGCAACUGAUGAAGCCAUUGACAUCCUGGGCUUCAACCCUGAAGAAAAGACAGCCAUUUACAAACUAACAGGAGCUGUUAUGCACUAUGGUAACAUGAAGUUCAAGCAGAAGCAGCGUGAGGAGCAGGCAGAACCAGAUGGCACUGAAGUUGCUGACAAGGCUGCCUACCUCAUGAACCUCAAUUCAGCAGACCUGCUGAAAGCUCUGUGCUACCCUCGAGUCAAGGUCGGCAAUGAAUUUGUCACCAAAGGCCAAACUGUCCAGCAGGUGUACAAUAAUGUGGGUGCUCUGGGAAAAGCUGUCUAUGAAAAGAUGUUCUUGUGGAUGGUCGUCCGUAUUAACCAGCAGUUGGAUACCAAGCAAUCCAGACAGCACUUCAUUGGUGUGCUGGACAUUGCUGGCUUUGAGAUUUUUGAUUACAACAGCCUGGAGCAGCUGUGCAUCAACUUCACUAAUGAGAAACUGCAACAGUUUUUCAACCACCACAUGUUUGUGCUGGAGCAGGAAGAAUACAAGAAAGAAGGGAUUGAAUGGGAGUUCAUUGAUUUUGGAAUGGACUUGGCUGCCUGCAUUGAACUCAUUGAGAAGCCUAUGGGCAUCUUCUCCAUCCUAGAAGAGGAAUGCAUGUUCCCCAAGGCAACUGAUGUAUCUUUCAAGAACAAGCUCUAUGACCAGCAUCUUGGCAAGAGCAACAACUUCCAGAAACCCAAGCCUGCCAAAGGCAAGGCUGAGGCUCACUUCUCCUUGGUACACUAUGCUGGCACUGUGGAUUACAACAUCACUGGAUGGCUAGAGAAGAACAAGGACCCCUUGAAUGAAACUGUUGUGGGGCUGUAUCAGAAAUCAUCCAUGAAGACUCUAGCUUUACUCUUUGCCGAUCGCCCUGCAGAUGCUGAGGGCGGCAGCAAGAAGGCUGCUAAGAAGAAGGGUUCUUCCUUCCAGACAGUCUCUGCUCUUUUUAGGGAGAACUUAAACAAGCUGAUGUCGAAUUUAAGAAGCACUCACCCCCACUUUGUGCGCUGCAUCAUUCCUAAUGAAACAAAAACACCUGGUGCCAUGGAUCACGAGCUCGUACUGCAUCAGUUGAGAUGUAAUGGUGUCUUGGAAGGCAUCCGCAUUUGUAGAAAGGGAUUCCCUAGCAGGAUAAUUUAUGGUGAUUUCAAGCAGAGAUACAAAGUUUUAAAUGCAAGUGCAAUCCCAGAGGGCCAGUUCAUUGACAGCAAGAAAGCUUCAGAGAAGCUUCUUGGAUCCAUAGAUAUUGAUCAUACCCAGUAUAGAUUUGGACACACCAAGGUGUUCUUCAAAGCUGGGCUUUUGGGUCUUCUAGAGGAGAUGCGAGAUGACAAGUUAGCUCAGCUGAUAACACGUACACAAGCUAUGUGCCGUGGCUUCUUAGCAAGGGUGGAGUACAAGAAAAUGUUGGAAAGAAGAGAGGCUAUUUUUACCAUUCAGUAUAGCGUCCGUUCAUUCAUGAAUGUAAAACACUGGCCGUGGAUGAAGCUGUACUUCAAGAUUAAGCCUCUUCUGAAGAGUGCUGAGUCAGAAAAGGAGAUGGCUACCAUGAAGGAAGAGUUUGCGAAAACCAAGGAUGAUCUUGCCAAAUCCGAGGCUAAACGCAAGGAACUAGAAGAAAAAAUGGUGUCUCUGAUGCAAGAAAAAAAUGACUUGCAGCUCCAAGUCCAGUCUGAAGCUGAUGGCUUGGCAGAUGCUGAGGAGAGAUGCGACCAGCUGAUCAAAACCAAAAUCCAGCUGGAAGCGAAAAUUAAGGAGCUGACUGAACGAGCAGAAGAUGAGGAAGAAAUGAAUGCUGAGCUGACAGCCAAAAAGAGGAAACUGGAAGACGAGUGCUCAGAGCUGAAGAAAGACAUUGAUGACCUGGAAUUAACACUGGCCAAGGUUGAAAAGGAGAAACAUGCCACAGAAAACAAGGUGAAAAACCUCACUGAAGAGAUGGCAGUCUUGGAUGAGACCAUUGCCAAACUGACCAAGGAAAAGAAAGCCCUCCAAGAGGCCCAUCAACAGACCUUGGAUGACCUGCAGGCAGAGGAGGACAAAGUGAAUACUCUGACCAAAGCAAAGACCAAGCUAGAGCAGCAAGUGGAUGAUCUUGAAGGGUCUCUGGAGCAAGAAAAGAAGCUCCGCAUGGACCUUGAAAGGGCCAAGAGGAAGCUUGAAGGGGAUCUGAAGCUGUCUCAGGAAUCCCUAAUGGAUUUGGAGAAUGAUAAGCAGCAGCUGGAUGAAAAGCUUAAGAAGAAAGACUUUGAAAUCAGCCAGCUCCAAAGCAAAAUUGAAGAUGAGCAGGCCUUGGGCUCCCAGCUUCAGAAGAAGAUCAAGGAGUUACAGGCCCGUAUUGAGGAACUUGAAGAAGAGAUUGAGGCUGAGCGUGCAUCUCGGGCCAAAGCAGAGAAGCAGCGGGCUGACCUCUCCAGAGAACUUGAAGAGAUCAGUGAGCGGCUGGAGGAAGCUGGUGGGGCAACCGCAGCUCAGAUUGAGAUGAACAAGAAACGUGAGGCAGAAUUCCAGAAGAUGCGUCGGGACCUUGAAGAGGCCACUCUGCAGCAUGAAGCUACAACUGCUGCCUUACGUAAGAAGCAUGCAGACAGUGCAGCUGAACUUGGAGAACAAAUUGAUAACCUGCAACGCGUGAAGCAGAAAUUGGAGAAGGAGAAGAGUGAGCUGAAGAUGGAGAUUGAUGACCUUGCUAGCAACAUGGAGUCUGUCUCCAAAACCAAGGCCAAUCUUGAAAAGAUGUGCCGGACCCUAGAAGAUCAGCUCAGUGAGCUUAAGACAAAGGAGGAAGAGCAUCAGCGUACUAUUAAUGACCUGAACGCUCAAAGAGCUCGUCUGCAGACAGAAGCAGGUGAACUCUCACGACAGGUAGAUGAAAAAGAUGCUUUGAUUUCCCAGCUCUCCAGGGGCAAGCAAGCUUUUACUCAGCAAAUUGAAGAACUGAAGAGACAACUUGAGGAAGAGAUAAAGGCUAAGAAUGCACUGGCCCACGGUUUGCAAUCUGCUCGUCAUGACUGUGAUCUCCUUCGAGAACAAUAUGAAGAGGAGCAGGAAGCCAAGGCUGAGCUCCAGCGUGCCCUGUCCAAGGCCAACAGUGAGGUUGCCCAGUGGAGAACUAAAUAUGAGACGGAUGCCAUUCAACGGACUGAGGAACUGGAGGAGGCCAAGAAAAAGCUUGCUCAGCGUCUGCAGGAUGCUGAGGAACAUGUUGAGGCUGUGAACUCCAAAUGUGCUUCCCUUGAAAAGACAAAGCAGAGGUUGCAGAAUGAAGUGGAGGACUUGAUGAUUGAUGUGGAAAGGUCCAAUGCAGCCUGUGCUGCUCUAGACAAGAAGCAGAAGAAUUUUGAUAAGAUUCUGGCAGAAUGGAAACAGAAAUAUGAGGAAACCCAGUCUGAACUGGAAGCCUCCCAGAAGGAAUCUCGCUCUCUCAGCACAGAGCUCUUUAAAAUGAAGAAUGCAUAUGAGGAAUCAUUGGAUCAGCUAGAAACCUUGAAGCGCGAGAACAAGAAUCUCCAACAGGAGAUAUCUGACCUCACGGAACAGGUUGCUGAGGGAGGAAAAGCUAUCCAUGAACUGGAGAAAGUAAAGAAGCAGAUUGAACAAGAGAAAAAUGAUCUGCAGACUGCUCUAGAAGAAGCUGAGGCCUCACUGGAACAUGAAGAAGGCAAAAUCCUUCGCAUUCAACUUGAGCUCAACCAGGUGAAGUCUGACAUUGACAGGAGGAUUGCAGAAAAGGAUGAGGAAAUUGAUCAGCUGAAGAGGAAUCACCUGAGAGUAGUGGAUUCCAUGCAGAGCACACUGGAUGCUGAGAUUAGGAGCAGGAACGAUGCCCUGAGGCUUAAGAAGAAAAUGGAAGGAGACCUAAAUGAAAUGGAAAUCCAAUUGAGCCAUGCUAACCGCCAAGCUGCUGAGGCACAAAAGAACCUUAGAAACACACAAGGGAUCCUCAAGGAUACCCAGAUACAUUUGGAUGAUGCUCUGAGGAGCCAGGAAGACCUGAAGGAACAAGUGGCCAUGGUUGAGCGCAGAGCUAAUCUGAUGCAGGCUGAGAUUGAGGAGCUCCGGGCAGCGCUGGAACAGACAGAGAGGGGCAGGAAAGUGGCUGAACAAGAGCUGAUGGAUGCCAGUGAACGCGUGCAACUCCUCCAUACACAGAACACCAGCUUGAUCAACACCAAGAAAAAGCUGGAAACAGAUAUUGCCCAAAUCCAAAGUGAAGUGGAGGAGACAAUUCAGGAAGCACGCAAUGCAGAAGAGAAGGCCAAGAAGGCCAUCACUGAUGCAGCCAUGAUGGCAGAGGAGCUGAAGAAGGAGCAGGAUACCAGUGCACAUCUAGAGAGGAUGAAGAAGAAUCUGGAUCAAUCUGUAAAGGACCUGCAACUCCGUCUUGAUGAGGCAGAGCAGCUGGCACUGAAAGGAGGGAAAAAACAGAUCCAGAAACUGGAGGCCAGAGUCCGUGAGCUGGAAUCUGAGUUUGAGAAUGAACAGAAGCGCAGUGCUGAGGCUAUCAAAGGUGUGCGAAAGUAUGAGAGACGAGUAAAGGAACUAACCUACCAGUCUGAGGAAGACCGGAAGAAUGUUCUGAGGCUCCAGGACUUGGUGGAUAAACUACAGCUCAAAGUGAAAGCCUACAAGCGACAAGCUGAGGAGGCUGAGGAACAAUCCAAUGUGAACCUGUCUAAGUUCCGCAAGAUUCAGCAUGAGCUGGAAGAGGCUGAGGAGAGGGCUGACAUUGCAGAGUCCCAGGUCAACAAACUCCGUGUAAAGACCCGAGAAGUGCACAAGAAGGUUGUUGUAAGUGAAGAGUAAACUCACCCUGAAGCUGCACAGUGACAGAAGAGCUGCGCAAAAUGUGAAACUCUUUGUCACUUCCUGUAAUUACUGUUCAUUUUUCCUCAAUGCUUAGAAAAUAAAGAUUGUAGAGACCUUUGCAUACUAAAAA